GCACUGUGGCUUUGUCUGUUUCCUGUUUCAGCAAAGGCUGCUGUGCAAAAAGAAAGACCGUACUAACAAGGGAAACGCUAAGGGGGCCCGGAGCCACAGAUUGAGAGCUUGCACUUUACUCAGCUGUCCUACCCCAUCUGAGACCAGAGCCACGAUCUGCCCAGGAGCUGGAAUGCUCUCCUGAGUUGUUUGGUUUGGAGCCUGAGACCCAAGGCCCCUCUCUCCUAAGCUCACACUGGGAGCUGUGCCCCCCAGCAGCCAGACCUAUGCGGGAAGCCCCUCACUGCACACACAGACAGGAAUCAGGAGCAGACUUGGAAAGGCGGCAACAAACCACUGUCAGACCCAGGGAGCUAUUCCAGGAACUGGAAGCCAAGCACAACAGGUGCUCAGGAGGUCAUCAUGAUCAGCCCGGACCCGAGGCCUUCCCCUCGCUUGGCCCGGUGGGCUGAGAGCUACGAGGCCAAGUGUGAGCGCCGGCAGGAGACCCGUGAGAGCCGCCGCUGCCGCCCCAAUGUGACCACUUGCCGCCAGGUGGGGAAGGCACUGAGGCUCCAGCAAAGAGAGCAGCUCCAGAGAGCACGACAACAGGAGUUCUUCAGGAGGAGGAACUUGGAGGUGGAGGAGAAAGGCAAGACCCAGAGCCCCAGGGCCAAGGAGCGAGGUCCCUCCAGGAGGCCAGGCCAGCCAACUGACCUCAAAGAACCCUUGUCUGGGGCCCACAGGAUCUCUUCCCCCCAGCAGCAGGUGUCAGACACCAGCUCUGAGAUCUUUCGAACCCAGCGUCACCCUCCCUCAGGCACCUGGAGGGAUCUACCUGACCGCCUCUCCCAGGCCAGGGACUUUUCACCGAAGGACUCUCCCACCAAAAAAACACCCCAGCACCAUCGCGGCACUCAGACAAAGGCCGAAGCAGCCCAGCCAACAAUUAAGAAUGAUGCCAGUCAGCAAACCAAUUACGGAGUUGCGGUUCUGGAUAAGGAAAUCAUCCAACUUUCUGAGUACCUCAAAGAGGCCUUACAAAGGGAGCUGGUUCUAAAACAGAAAAUGGUGAUUCUCCAAGACCUACUCUCCACUCUGAUAAGGGCCUCUGACAACUCUUGGAAGGGCCAGCUUAACGAAGACAAAUUGAAGGGCAAACUGAGAUCUUUAGAAAACCAGCUGUACGCCUGUACCCAGAAAUACCCACCUUGGGGAAUGAAAAAGGUGUUAUUGGAGAUGGAAGACCAGAAAAACAACUAUGAGCAGAAAGCCAAGGAGUCACUGCAGAAGGUGCUGGAGGAGAAAAUGAGCGCGGAGCAGCAACUGCAGAGCACACAGCGGUCACUGGCUCUGGCCGAGCAGAAGUGUGAAGAGUGGAGGAGCCAGUAUGAAGCUCUGAAGGAGGACUGGAGGAACCUGGGGACCCAGCACAGAGAGCUGGAGAGCCAACUCCACGUGCUCCAGUCCAAACUGCAGGGAGCAGACAGUAGAGACCUACAGAUGAACCAGGCUCUGCGACUUCUGGAAAAUGAGCACCAGGAACUGCAGGCCAAGAUUGAACACCUGCAGGGGGACAGAGAUCUGUACAGCUCGGAUACCCUGCACCUACAAGAUCAACUGAAGAGGUUAGAGGAGGAGAAACUCGCCCUGGUGGCCCAAGUACAGCAGCUGCAGGGUUUGCUCCAGAAUCAAUCUUUACAGCUUCAAGAACAGGAGAAACUCUUAACAAAGAAAGAUCAGGCUUUGCCUGUGUGGAGUCCAAAGCCCUCCCAUUAUGAAGUGGAACCUGAGGGUACAGGGAAGGAGAAAGAAUGGGAUUUCAGAGACCAGCUGCAAAAGAAGACUUUGCAGCUCCAGGCCAAGGAAAAGGAGUGCAAAGAACUGCAUUCGGAGUUAGACAACCUCAGUGACGAGUAUCUCUCCUGCCUGCGUAAGCUGCAGCACUGUCAAGAAGAGCUGAACCACAGCCAACAGCUGCCUCCCAGAGUAAGAGGGUCUAUCCUCCCAGGUUGUCCUGGAUGUUGGUGGGAUGGCUCCUCCUUUAGCCAAAUCCUGCAGAUAAAGUUUAUCAGCCCGUGCCAACAUCUGGCCAGCCUGUUCCAUUCAACUUGGUUUACAUGCUUGAUAGUAUAA